CCUUAUAAACAAAUGAUUAAUCAUGUACUUCAUUACGAAAGCCUUUCAGAGGGAAUCUUAAUGCAUGCUACAGUAUAUAGUCUAUUAGAUAACAUCCUCAUCUUUCAUUAAGGGUGAUAAAAUCAUAGUACAAAGCUGCACACAGACCUCAACAUUUGAUGCACAAAACAGGAUGACUAGCUGUUUUUUUUUUUUUUGUUUUUUUUUUUAAACAGGUAAUUUUGAGUAGAAAAUGAACUUCCGACUGCACAAAACAAGAAGUUACCAAACGUGAGAACAAAAUUAACAAUAAAAACUGUGUCAAUAAACUUGCAAACAGUGAAAUCAUGCAAGCUCAAUAACUGUUCAAGCAUGCUUGGAACACCUGCUCUGAAAAGUUAAGUAAAACUAACUUAUUUAUUUUACCUGUGAAUUUAACUCAAAUUAGUGAAUAAAUAUGACAAUGUUUUUUACUUUAGGAUUAAUACAUGGUGACACAGUGUAAACAUAGCAAACAAUCAUAAAUAAUAUUUACUUAAAAGCUAGAGCAUAAAUCUUUUCAUGUUUCAAUUGAUUAUAAUGGCAGAAUUUACUUAAUAUUUCCAAGUUCACGCUUAAACUAACAUAUUCAAUGUAGAACGUAUUAAUUUAUUUUCAGCUGUAUUUACUUCACCACAAAAUCUUUUUUUUUUUUCUUUCAGUGAUAUGGUAGGCCUAUGUGGAGAAAACCAUGGAUUUUUUUUUUUUUUUUUUUUUUUUUUAAGAAUCCAUUUGACAGUGAACAGUCGCAUGCACAAUUAAUUAGACUCUUUUUGCAUAAUAUAGAUGAUUUUUCCUCACUCAGACACUAACGUCCAUCAUGUCCUCCACUGCGUUACACAAGGCCAAUAUCAUAAAUAAACGAUGCUUUCCUUAUCCCACCCUUGUCACUGGCAUUCCAUAACAGCACGUGUAACUUUAAUUGCACUUUUGGCAUCGUGGUCCAAGAUUUCAUUUUCAGCGUGAAAGAGGUGCAAGAAAGAUCCCUGCCGGAGCAAUCAGUCCAUUUAUUUAUGACAUGUGUUUAGAGGAAGGGCUCGUGUGAAGGGGCGGUGAUUUCUAAGCUAUUUAAACCUUCUAACCAACCAAGAGAGCAAUAAUUGUUCCUGCGUUAGUUAUCCCAGAGUUGGGCAACGGGACGUUUCCCCUUUAGAGAACACAUCUGCAAGCGCUAUUAAUAGCCGAACAGCGAUACAUUUUUUGAAACAGUGAUAAUUUGGUGGUUAGUUUUCAAAUUCAUCCCCUCAAAAAAAAAAAAAAAAAAAAAAUGGAUUUCGAUUUGCCUCCUUCUCUCCCGGUGAGCGGUAUCCCGUGGGAGAGGGUUCUGCCACCGUUAUUUCCCCGGUUAAACGGAACGAUUGGACCGUACUCGUGGACCCCGACCGAACUUCUCAUCCCAGUUUCCGAGCACACCGGAGCAGCACAGGUUACCUGUGAUCACAAUGGAUUUACUGUUCAGGUUGAUGUGAAACACUUUAAUCCUGAGGAGUUGCUGGUUAAAGUAGUGGGAGAUUAUGUUGUGGUGGAGGGAAAGCAUGAACAAAGAAAGGAUGGUUCAGGACUGGUGACGCGCCAGUUUAAUCGGCGAUAUCGAAUCCCAAUUGAAGUGGACAUCAUGGCUCUGGAAUCAGCUAUGUCACCAGAAGGAAUGCUUGUAAUCUCUGCACCUCUGAAACAAGGGGAGAAUUCCAGACUGUUGAAUCACACUGGACCAUAAUGUGCGCACGCACGCACACCUUCAUGUUUGGGGGUCUUUUGUGAGUUCAUUCUUAAACAUGUUUAUGCAAGGCACUAAAAGCUCUCCUCACCUCGAAUACAAGGACAGACCAAAACAGACCAAUUCUCACUUCCUCUCACUCACUAUUGUGGUGGCAGAGUAUUCACCAACCAAUUUCAAACAUAUCUGAUUAGAAGCAAUGAGACGAUUUUAUCACAUUUCCUUUGCAUUUACUCUUGGUUUAGCACACAGUCUGAAAGUCCAACAAAUUUCAUCCUCAUUUUAAAUGGUUCAUCUGAUCCAAACACACUCAUGCUCAGAAUGCACUUAGUGUAUCUACAAGGAGCGGUCAUUCUAAGAUUAUCCUGUGUUGUAUCAAAUUUACAAAUUGCUAUGUUGAGAUUGUACAUAUUUUUAAAUGAUCAAAUGAUAACGUAACUGUUAAUAUCGUAAAUUAAUGUGAGAUGUACAGUUUGAAUAUCAAUAAAUAUAAUGUGACACCCUA